AUGGAAAAUGACAAUUUCAUGAAAAACAAGAUACUGUGUGGGGUCUUGCGGGAGAGCAUUACCUCGCAGCAGGAACGAGCUACUGCCUCCUGGCGGCAGACAACUGGGCGGGUGAGCUCUCUGGACGCCAGAGGAGCACCCCUGGGCGCGCGCACCUCCCUGCCUGGGGUCUUGCGGGAGAGCCCCUGCCUGAGGUCUGGGUGUGGGCAGGGCGCCGGAGUAGAGUGCCUGGGUGAGGGCAGGGCACCGGCGGAGAGCUCCACGGUGAGGGCGACAGCAGGGCCCGGAGGAAACCUUCUGGGCGGGCGCGCCUCCCUGGGUGGCGGCCCUGUGCUCCAGCAACUCGUCCCUGGGUGGCGGCGGGCACCAGGGAGGCUGGGAGAUGGAGGCGGCCAGGCGGGGCUGAGAAAAGUGGAGGCUGGAGGGCGACGGCAGGGCGCAGAGGAAACCUUCUGGGCGGGCGCGCCUCCCUGGGCGGCGGCCCUGUGCUCCGGCGACUCCUCCCUGGGUGGCGGCGGGCACCAGGGAAGCUGCGAGAUGGAGGCGGCCAGGCGGGGCUGA